GGCUCUCACAGCGGCUGCGCAGUACGCGUUUCAGAAAGCGGAACUCUUAGGCGGAGAUAAACAUGUGCAAAAUCUAGAGAUAUUUAUCCUCUUUUAUAAAGAAAAUACAUUAGUCGGCAGUUUCUUGUUCAGUUCUGACAUAAUGGCAUUGCGGGCAUGUGGAUUUAUAAUAUUUCGGCGUCUGGCACGGUGUCCUCCUCCUGACAGCAUUGAGUACCUUCUCUUGCAAACCUCCUAUGGAGAACAUCAUUGGACUCCUCCCAAAGGUCAUGUUGACCCUGGUGAGGAUGACCUGACCACAGCAUGGAGGGAGACGCAGGAGGAGGCUGGUUUGGGUAAAGAGCACCUGCGUAUAGUUGAUGGGUUUCUGCAGAGACUGCAUUACAAAGUGCGGGGUAGGGAGAAAGAGGUCCUCUAUUGGCUGGCUGAGUUGCGUGAUCCCAGCAUAAAUGUCUCCCUGUCAGAGGAGCAUCAAGACUACCGCUGGGCCAAACUUGAGGAAGCAUGCAGGCUUGCAAAGUACAAAGAUCUACAGGACACUCUUAAAGGUGUACAGCACUUUCUGGAGAAAGGAGAGGGAAAACAGUGAUGCUGGGUCCACAUUACUGUAUUAGAACAUGAAUGAUAUAGUCACUGGACUGUCUGUAUUAAUUAAAAUCUUUGCCCUUCAUUAGGCUAAUGGAGAAAAGAAACUCCCAUACAACAUGAAUUAUGUCACUAUCUAUCAUUUGCAUGUCAAUAUAGAAGUGUGGGACUAAACAGGUGGUGUAAUGUGGUCCUCUGGUGUAAUGUGAAUGGGAUCUUAAAGGGAAUUCCACUGAUUUUUUGAUAAUUCAGCAUAAUUAAAUCAUUCAGAUGUAAACAACAUCAUUCAAAGAGGCUUAAUGUGUAACAUUACAUUGUCAAGAAGUGUACUAACCUUAAUCCACCACUUUACAGUGUGGAUAAAGGAACACAAGAGCACAAAUGUAGCCAUUUUAUUUACUAUACGAAACAACUAAUGAACCUACGUACCUAUACCAUUUGUUAAUAAAGAUAGGAAUUUGGGACUAUUUUGCCUUAUAAUACCCUGAGCGUUUAAGGCAAAGUAGUCCCCCAUGAAUAUUCAGUCAUGAAUGGAUUUUAAAAAUACAUUUUAGAUCAAAAUUUUAUCUCAGAACUAUCAUAGAACAAUUGCUUCCUUGAGGUAGCCUAUCAUCAACCACUUUAAACAAAUUUAGGUUUCUCUGUUAAUAUUUUAACGACUGAAUUCUGCAGAAAUGUUGUCAGAAUUGGCAGAAUUCCCUUCUGGUACCAUUCCCAAUGGAACCAUUUUAACUCAUUUAAAUGUUCAUUAUGGGUGAUUCUUCUUUUAGGCAUGGGCACAACACUACUAUAUUACUCUGUAUUUUUUCAGGUUUUAACCUUUUGGUGAGCAACUUAUCAAUCCCCAAGAUCCUCUGGUCCUUAUCAGUUGAUUAUGGUGUUGGUAUUGUGUCAGAAAGAGAUUCUUAUGUAUAUAUCAAAGGACAUGUAACACAGUCAUUAACAUCUCGCUUUCAUCUAUUUAGCAUAGACAAAUCAAAGUGGAGGCAGCGGGUAAUAAACCUCUCCGAAAGGGGUUUCCUGGAGCUUUCCUGUACUGGAUAAUAUACUGUUAAUAAACGCAAAGCAAAUCUG